CUGUCACAGAGCAGAGGAAAAGUCCUCGGCGGGUCCUCAGCCCUCAACCUCAUGACCUAUGACAGGUCAUCAGCAACCGAGUAUGACGGUUGGGAAGAGGUUGGAAAUCCCGGCUGGGGCUUUGAUACCUUCGAAGGAAUGAUGAACAGAGCAGAAAACUUUACCAGUUUCAACACCAAAUGGUAUGGCAACGAUGAAGAUGGAAUAAAUUUCGAUGGCCCAGUGAGAGGUACGAUCAAUCGCUUCAUCCCGGCGCACCAGAAACCAUGGGUUCCGACUUUGAACAGCCUCGGUAUCAAAACAAAUAAAGCGUAUAUGGGUGGCAAUCCUCUCGGAGUUAUGUACUCACCAAGUAGCAUCGACCCAACCCACUACAACAGGUCCUACAGCGCGAAUGCCUAUAUCCCGCUCGCCGGCCGGAACCUCGCGAUCAUGACUGGUACUACGGUAGCAAAAAUCAACUUGAAGCGAGACUCCCACGGCUACUAUGCCAGUGGAGUGAUGCUGACAAAUGGGACUGUGAUCAAUGCCAAUCUGGAAGUCAUCCUUUCUGCUGGUUCGUUUCUGAGUCCUGGUCUCCUUGAAAUGUCUGGUAUCGGGAACAAGACGAUCCUUGCGGCUGCAAAUAUCAAGCAACUAAUCGACCUCCCUGGAGUUGGCGAGAAUCUUCAAGACCAUAUACGCAUUCAGACCUCGUAUCAAGUCAAGCCAAACUUCACAUCAUUUGACAUUCUUCGAUACAACACCACUUACGCGGCCGAACAGCUACAGCUCUGGAUCGACGGCACGUACUCAAUAUAUGACUACACUGGCAGUGCAUACUCAUUCAUGACGUGGAAACAAGCAAUUGGUAACGACUCGACACUUCGAGCUCUAGCCAAGGCUGCGCUGGGGUCUUCGAAGCAUGCCGCUGAUACGAAGAAACUGGAGUGGCUGUCUGACCAAAGCAUCCCUCAACUCGAGAUCAUCAUGAGCGAUGGGUAUACAGGAGUCAAAGGAUACCCCGCAGUUGGAACGCCAUUGUACGGGAAGGGGUUCUUCUCUCUUCUCGCUGCCGUUAUGCACCCCCUGAGUCGUGGCACAGUCCACAUUAACGUCACGAAUCCACUUGGAAAACCCAUUAUCGAUCCCAACUAUCUCAGUAACGACUAUGACCUUCAAGCCGCCAUCUCUGCGACCAAAAAGUGUCGGCAAAUCGCAACCACGGCACCAUUGAGUGGCGUGUGGGAUUCCGAGUACGAGCCUGGGCUGGACAAGGUAAAUACCGACGCAGAAUGGAAGGAUUUCGUUCUCAGCACCACUCUCACCAUUUAUCAUCCGGUCGGAACCUGUGCUAUGCUUCCAAAAAAAGACGGAGGUGUAGUUGACCCGAAGUUGGUGGUGUAUGGAACGAGGAAUCUCAGAGUCGUCGACGCCAGCAUCAUGCCCGUGCUCAUCUCUGCGCAUCUGCAGACUGCAGUGUAUGGCAUCGCGGAGAUAGCGGCGGACAUUAUUAUCGGGAAUUCAUAGAGAUUUUGUUCUCUGAAAUGCGCCAUCGGGGCCCAGUUAUGCUGGCGAUGGGGGUAUCGAGGCUGUAAUUGGGCUCAAGGAGUCCCUUUUCUCACGCCACUUUGAGGACGAGCUUGGAUGGGCGAAAAGCGUGAAGUCGCUCGUCUCGGGGCUGGC